AUGAACAACAACAGCUCUGGAUGCGAGUUGGCGAAAGCUGGAAAAAGGCGACGUCAAGAAGGAGAAGAAGUAGAAGAUACUACUGCUAUCGACAGGUUAAGCCACCUUCCAAGACCCAUUAUUCAUCACAUACUUUCAUUUCUAGACACCAAAUAUGCCGUCCAAACCUGCGUGUUGUCCCGAGAAUGGAGAUGCGCCUGGAAAUAUGUCCCUGUCCUUAGGCUCCAUAGUGAUUCCUUCGAACAAUACUCGAGCUUCCAGAUAUAUGUGGACCACGUUCUGUUCCUCCAAUUCCCCUCGAGUGUCCGCAAGGUAUCCUACGCUGAUAAUGGCGAUUCGGAGGAACAAGACGUUCAUUUAUUUGCCAGGGUGUUCGACUAUGCCUUGAGCCGUGGUGCUCAACAUUUGGCAAUGGACCUGCACAGUGACCUGGAAGUGGAAGAAUUUCACAGGUUCUCAGAUUUGUUUUCACCGAGGUCAAAUAGUAGUCUCAUAACCCUCGUGCUAGAAUCUGUCGCCAUCGACAGUGGAUUUCGAUCUUUUGGUUUCGAGAUGCUGACCACAUUGAGCUUACGGUGGUGCCCGGUGUCUUUUGAAGAGGAGGAGGACCUCUUUUCUAACUUCCCUUGUCUACAGAAUUUGUCAAUCCUAGAUUGCACCAAUGUCUUACCUUAUCAUAUGAGUGAGGAGUGUUUGAAGGUUUACGGGCUCCAAUUGCUUAGCCUGAACCUCCAAAGUAUGAGCUUCUCCAAGAUCGAAAUAGUUGCCCCAAAACUCAAGCGCUUCCAUCUUUUUGAAGAUUCGGAUAAUUCCUCGGACUUCCCAGAAUUGAGCCUUGCCUCUCUAGAUAGCGCUGUGGUUCAUGUUUAUCCCGAUUAUGGGGCGAAGAAGAAGGAAUGGGUGGAACAACAUUUAAUUUCUUUGUUCCAAGGUUUGCAUAAUGCAGAAACUCUUACCCUCCAUGGCAUCGCCCAGGUACUGAGUGAUUUUGAUCAGGUUCUGGAAAAGCAACCAUCUCCCUUUACAAGAUUGAAGCAUUUGAAUCUGAAUUCGAACAACGUACCUUACGCAGUGGUUGAUUACUUUCUGAAGGGAACUUCUUUUGCAGAACCGAUAGUUGAGUUUGGCUAGAUGAAGUACCACAUCUCCAUAGUUUCUGAUUGUUGUACACAGCAGGUCGCGCCCUUCGGCACUGGAGUAAUGGCUGGCCUGUCAUCAUCAUUCAAUAGGUCCAUCAUACUGAAGGCAAACUACUAGGUUCAACAACAAAUGGCUGGUUAGAAACUAGUACUGGCUACUGUAAAAUAACAAUGAAACAACCUCCCUCCUUUCAGUGCUGCUCUUGUGUGAUUUUGUGUGGGGACUGAAUUGAAAGUUAUUCACAAUUAAUUGAAAAGUUCUUCAUUUCGUAAAAAGAAUAUGCAUAAUUAAAGUUCAAACCCAUAAGCUC